UUUCAGAUGGUACGAUUAAAAGGCACAAUUCCUAGUCUUGUUACAUAUGCUGCACUUGUUAUUUUUCUUUACUUAUUCAUUGUUAAACCAUUAGUUCCAAGAAUAUUGGAAAGCCUAAAUUCAUCUCGAAACCCGCAGGAAACGAGCAUUUUGUCAAAGAUCGAGAAUGACUUGCUUGAUGAUCUGGAUAUUAAUUGCUUGAAUAUUUUUAAUGGUUCCAAGAAUAGAAAUCAAUUACGCAUAGUUAAUUCAAGAAGUAUAGAAGAUAAAUUGCUGUACUCAACCGAUAGAUGCCAAACGCUGAAAUCUCUAUUCCGAUUCAAUAAAGUACCGCUAUCACCAGAAGAAGAAAGUUUUCCAUUGUCAUAUGGACUUCUCGUAUACAAGGAAUUAUCACAGGUUCUAUUCAUGCUCUCAUCAAUUUAUCAUCCUCAAAACGAAUACUGUAUUGCAGUUGGCGAAAAUUCAGCUCCAAUUUUUCAAAAUUUGCUCAAAGAGCUCUCAAAUUGCUUUUCAAAUAUUCAUUUUAUGAAACGACCGCCGAUUGAUUGGGGAAGCCACGAAAUAAUAAAUUCAGCAUAUGAUUGUCUGGAAUUUCUGAGUCACUUGAAAUCCGAUUGGAGAUAUUUUCAAUAUUUAUCAGGAGUUGAUAUUCCAUUAAAGACAAAUCUUGAAAUGGUUCAAAUAUUGAAACAUCUGAAUGGAACUGCAAAUGUCGAAAUCAAACCAUAUCAAUAUCAACGCCUUCGAGGUAAAAAUGAGACUCAGUCUCCACUGCCGCUUUUUAAGUCAUCACUGUCAUCACUAAUACCAAGAGAAGCUGCCAAUCACUUAUCAUCAUCAAGCAUUCCUCAACAACUAUUGGAAUUUCUUCGAAAUACUGGAAUUGCUGAUGAAGGAUUUUGGGGAACUCUUUUUGGAAACAAGAACUUGUUUGAUAUUCCUGGAUCUUUGAAUUUCAAAGAAUGGAUAUCAUACAAAAAUAAUGUAGAAACGAACUUAACAUAUCCCACUGAUGGAUGGAGAUAUUAUAUAUCCAGAGAUCAAAUAUGGUCAAAGCCCAAUUGUCAUAAUUACAUGAAAGCUGGGUCAUGUGUUUUUGGAAUUGGAGAUGUCCCAAGAUUAUUGAAGUCAAAAGCGUUGGUUGCUCAUAAAUUUUACCUAAAAUCAGAGCCAGAAGCAUAUUUUUGUUUAUUAAAGGAACACCGUCGCCGAACGUGUAAUCCCGAUUUAACAUUUGAUGCAUCAAAAUACUCAGAGUUACCGCAAGUUGAACUAUCACGAGGUCUUGCCAUGCCACAACUGACACAUAAAAAUUGGAUUUUAUGAUUUUUUUCAGUACAUUUUUUCAUUUCGGGUUCAUUUUUUGGGUCAACGUUUCCAAAUUGUUUUGUUUUGAAAUUUCUCAGGGUUCUCAUUUGUUUUAGUUAAUAAUUUCAUGUUUUUAUUUAUGAAUCGAAAUAAAAUUAAAACAUGUUUUAAAAU